AUGACACUAAAUAAUGCAGACUUGGUUGAUGGUAUUGUCCUUCGAUAUUCCGAUAACACCCGAAAGCGCAUCCAAUGCACGGUCUGCCCUCUCAAGCAUGGCAAGUAUCGUUUGAUGGAGUUUCGACAUAUAUCCAAACACAUCAUACAAGGAGUCCAUGUCCGUCACGCUCAAAUAAAAUGUUCCAAGCAGCGCCGAAAAGUCGUUCAGGCCGCUGCCCAUACUAAUUAUGUUGAUGCCAAUGACCCCUUCGAUAUGAAUACCGACUCUCCGAUGGACACGAAUUUCUAUGAUGCGCCAUCAUCUAUGGUGCCUGUGUCAGUGGAAGAUAAUGGGCCCUCCGAAUCUGAACCUGGAUUAUCUGAGCUUUUGCACGAAAUUGGUGACCGGACAUUCGGAUUCGAUGAGGGACCUUUGGACUUGUUCGCAGAACUCAAGGCAAUUAUUACUUCGGGUGAAGUACCGUUCUCAAUGCCACUUGCCCCAAUCAACAACGAGCAAGAACUUUCUGAUGACAGCGCUGAUUUCGGGAUAGAGCUUCCUGAUGAUAUCUACGAAAGAACGAACAUCAAGGACACUGUCCCACUGGAUAGUCCAACAUAUCCUUGGCCGUCAAAAGCACAUUUCGUGACCUCACUCCUUUUCAGCUCUCCGCGUCUCCCGUUUUCUGAUGCCCAGAAGAGGGCCGUUCUCAGUUGGGCGCAAGAGCUCGGCACUCGAGAUGUCCCUUCACUUGGCGCCAUCAAAAAAUCCCAUAUGUAUCUGGAUAACAUUGUUGGCGGUUUAACGGAGAAGGUGACAGCUCGCUCUGGGAGUGUAUUCUAUAUUAAUGAUGUUGCGAAAUCAAUUGCGAAGGACUAUGCAAAUCCCCUCACUCGUUUUGCGAUGGAAGAUUAUCCGGAAGAUGGCAGGGAGGGGAUGUCGCAAGUGUUCAAUGGCAAGAAGAUGUUGCUUGACCUGCCCUCACCACCCGCGGCUCGUGUGGACGGAAUGAUCUAUUUCACAGGUGAACUAUUACAGGAUGAUUCUGGAGGGUAUUUUAUACCAGAGCGCUUUUUUCAUGCCUUGCUACCUGCCUUAUAUGCGCUUGGUCGGGUGGUUGAACGAACGGAGGCUGGAUUCAUCAUUAACGAGCAACGCGAGAUCAUCUCAACGUCCAUGUUUGUGCGAUCGUUUGAAGAGAUUGCUGCAACUCCAGGCGAGCUCGACUGUGGCCUUACACCUUCGUCAGGAAAAUAUGCAUCACUAUCUCCGAAUCCACUGCGUGCUAAGUCUAAUGGCCGGAUGGUUCAUACGGUUCCUCUCAUCAUUUUUAUGGACAAUGUUUCUGGCAAUGUCUCCAAACAAUGGAACAAGCACCACGCAAUCUAUAUGUCAAAUGCCAACCUACCGUGCGAGAUGCUCGAAAAAGAAUUUUUCGUACGAUUUGUCACAUCGUCACCGCAUGCUGCUCCCAUGGAGCUUAUGAGGGCCAUGAAAGAGUCUAUAUGUAACGCUGCCGAAUCAGGUAUAAUUGCCUGGGAUUGCAAGUAUAACAAAGAGGUUUUGUUGAUUCCGUACGCACUCUUCCUCGCUGGAGACAACCCCAUGCAAGCAGAAGAAUGUAGCCACGCCGGCUUAAACUGCAAUUACUAUUGCAGGACUUGCGAUACUGGUGGGACGAAAGAAUAUAAGGCGUCUGGUGACGGGUACAGCAGUCUUUUCACGUCAGGCAACCUACGAACACCUGAAAAUACAAUGGCAGAAUCAGGAGCGUCGGAGAAGAUCAAGAAUUCGGUAUCAUUGACUGGUAUUCGUGAUUCCACUUCUAGUUCGAUCCUCAAUGUGUUAGUAGAGCUCGGAAAGAAACUUCGAAAGUGUGCCGCUGGUACCCAAGCAAUGCCAGAAGCUGAAGUUACAGCUGUCCUGGAGAAAGAGUUCGUAGAACUUUUGCAAGGUCACAAGCUCGAUGACGCUAUUAACCCAUUGUUGGGAAUGGAAGGCCUCGAUAUACACAUGGACACUCCAACGGAAAUUCUGCACACAAUACUGCUCGGUAUCGUCAAGUAUUUUUGGGGGCAAACCGUGUUUUUGCUCGACAAGGCAAAGCUCAUGGGCAUCUUUCAGGUCCGUCUUGAGUCUGUUGAUAAGGACGGACUCAACGCUCCAUGCUUGAAUGCAGACUACGUCUGUCAUUACAAAGGCAGUCUCAUAGGGAAACAUUUCAAAAGCUUGGCGCAAGUGAUGCCGUUUUUGAUUUAUGAUCUCGUCCCUUCAAUUGUUCUCAAUGCAUGGACUGUGAUAGGAGAGCUCAUCGUACUCGUCUGGCACACGAAGAUUGUGGAUAUGAAAGCUUAUCUUGCAAAGCUGUCUCGAACAAUUCAAGAUUUUCUUAAUGUUACAGCACAGUGCACGCCUAGCAUCAUUAUAAGCAAGCCCAAAUUUUAUUUCUUAGUUCAUCUCCCGGCGUAUAUUCGACGUUUCGGACCAGCAGUGAUAUUUUCGACCGAACGAUACGAGUCCUUCAACCAUGUAUUUCGUUUGUCGUGUGUAUACAGUAAUCGCCAAGCACCAAGCCGCGACUCCUGCCGAACAUUCACUCAUCAAGAUAUCGUCAAGCACAUUGUCACGGGUGGGUAUUGGUACGAUAACAAAGCCUCAAAAUGGGUCUGGGGAGGAGCGCAAGUUCUAGGGUAUCUCGAUGAACACCCAGAGCAAGCACGAUUGCUCGGAUUAUCAGUCUUCAAUCGUAAUACUCCAGUACCUGGUUCCGGGAAAGUUCAGACUUCUCUUGGUGCCAACGGAAAAACGGCAAGAAAUGAUAUAGUAGCCUGGAAAGAAACUCAUUGCUCGAAGAUCCUGAAAACUGCCCAGCCUGACAUCGCUUACUAUCAAGGCAAAUCAGUCGUAGCGAGGGAAGGGGAUAUCGCAUAUCUGAAUAGUCAUACAUGCAUCGGACGUGUUCGCGAGAUCCUUGUAUCAUCCGAGAAUCCGAACACCGUUGUUCAUGUUGGACUCCAGCUCUUUUCAUUCGCAAACCCUUUACAUGCUUCUGUCCAUCUACCCUGUCUGAACCUGAUUGAUGACGAGGUUGUCACACUGGCGGUGGAUAUCAUAUGCGUCAUUAAUCUCCAGCACAACUGUGUUGAUUCACAGUGUACAGACACCAUCGAGGAACCUGUGCGCCAAGAAUGGCUCGAAACUUCUCGUACAAAACCUAUCAUUCAGCACAAGUCAACACCACACUACUUCAUCAAUGCCUACUCUAUUCAUAACUACGAUCAUAUCAAUUCUGUAAUUCCUGAGACGCUUCGUGAAUCACCGCUGAGGGUUACGAAUGUCGCAGAGGUUCGGGAAAUGGCCUCACGACAAAUGAAGCAGAAGAAGACUUUGAAGAAAUCUGAUGACGUACCUCAACUAGAUGCUAAUAUGGAACAUGAUACCCAGAUCCCUCUGGUGGCAGUUCCCUCCUUCGAUCGGGCCCCUCCCAAGUCAAGGACUGCUGCAAAAUCAAAGGCAAAGGCAACCACUUCCGGCACGCGAAGGAAGGCAGCAACAUUGAAGACUGGUCAAGCAACUGCCGGACCCUCUAGCCAGCUUCUGCCUGCUCAGCAAGACUCAACGAUUCAUAUCGGAGAUCACCAAAAUCAAGCCUACUUUGCGCCGCCACCAGGAUUCCCUCCUCCCCAGUACUACUACCCUCCUCACCAUUCACAACUUCCUCCACCACAGCUAUAUGGUUCGCUGCCACCAGCUCUGUAUCUUUACUCCGGAGGUUCACAACAACGUCAUGAGGUUUUAGAAAGGUCAUAUACCGCCACAGCCACAUCAACAGCAGCAACAGCACCUGCAAUUCCAUCCGCACCCCCACCCCCACCCGCAACAUUAGUUAGUGGUGGUGGCAUACUGCAACUGCGACAGUGCCUGCUUCCGCUACCGCAACAAGCCUUAAUCCACUUCUCACCCGCAGCACCAGGUGGAGGAAAAGCAAUACUUGCUGCUCCCAGCGGUAUCAAGGUUCUCUGGUAUCUGUCGCGCCAACCUGUCCUGUAG